AAUCAAACCUCAGCAGAAAUCAGUUGGACUCCAUAUUCAAGGUGCUGGAACACAAAGUCAUCACUCUGAUAAAGAAUGAGCUGGAGAGGUUUAGGAAGCUCCUGAGUCCAGAUUACCCAGCAUGCACUGAGAGGGAGGUGCAGGAUGAGGAGGAUCUGCACAGUGUCAGAGACGGAGCGCUGAAGAUCACACUGCACGUCCUGAAGAACAUGAACCACACAGAUCUCGCUCACACACUGCACAACAAGUCUGUGGCCUCUGUGUAUCAGACAAAGCUGAAAUCCAGCCUGAGAGAGAAGUUUAAAAGAAUUAAUGAAGGAAUCUCACAGCAUGGAAGCUCAGCACUUCUGAAUGAGAUCUACACAGAGCUCUACAUCACAGAGGGUUGGAGUGGAGACGUCAAUAAUGAACAUGAGGUGAGACAGAUUGAGACAGCGUCCAGGAGACCAGCAACACAGGAGACACCCAUCAAAUGUAAUGAUCUCUUUAAAGACAAGUCCAUCAGAAGUGUGCUGACUAAAGGAGUUGCUGGAAUUGGAAAAACAGUCUCUGUGCAGAAGUUCAUUCUGGACUGGACUGAAGGAAAAGCAAAUCAGGACGUCACCUUCAUGUUUCCACUUCCCUUUAGAGAGCUGAAUCUGAUGAAGCAGGAACAUCUCAGUCUGAUGGAUCUUCAUCACUUUUUCCCUGAAAUGAGAAAACUAGAAGUAAUAGACUUCUACAAAGUGGUGUUGAUCUUUGAUGGUCUGGAUGAGUGUCGACUUCCUCUAAAUUUCCAGAAGAAUGAGAGACUGUGUGAUGUGACAGAGUCAGCCUCAGUGGAUGUGCUGCUGACAACCUCAUCAAGGGGAAUCUGCUUCCCUCUGCUCUCCUCUGGAUAACCUCUCGACCAGGAGCAGCCAAUCAGAUCCCUCCUGAGUGUGUAGACCAGGUAACAGAGGUACGAGGGUUCAGUGAUCCUCAGAAAGAGGAGUACUUCAGGAAGAGGAUCAGUGAUCAGAGCCUGGCCAAUAAAAUCAUCUCACACAUGAAGUCUUCAAGAAGCCUCUACAUCAUGUGCCACAUCCCAGUCUUCUGCUGGAUCUCAGCCACUGUUCUAGAGAGAAUGUUGGGUGAAGCAGAGCGUGGAGAGGUCCCCAAGACUCUGACUCAAAUGUUCACACACUUCCUGAUCUUUCAGAUCAAACACAAGGAGCAAAAGUACCAUCAGAAAUGUGACCCUGAUCCUGAUCCUGAUCCUCCUGAGUGUUCA